AUGAUCAAUGAAAAUUUGCACACUGGUACAAGCGAGAAAUCGGCAUCAGAAACUUUCGAAACACUAGCUAGAUGUCAGCGUAUCGAUAUUAAGAAGAUUCAAACUGUCGUUGCAGUAUGGUUAGACAAAAAUUUUGGUAGCAACAACGAUGAAUGUCAACAUAAAAUAACACAACUUCAAAAUAUUAUAAAGCACAUCGUUACAUUCACGGAUCACGACGAAUGUAUCGAUUUUGUGCUAAGCAUUACUGACAGAAAAGUGCUUAUGAUCAUUCCUGAAUCGAUUGUCCAAACUCUUGUACCUUGCAUUCACGAUAUUCCUCAAUUAAAUUCUAUUUUCAUCUUUCGUUACGAGAAUCAGUUUCUUGAAGAAUGGAUGAAGAAAUGGACAAAGGUGAAGGGUGUUUUCACCGACAUGCUGUCACUCUGCCAAGCCAUCGAACAAGUGACAACCCAAACAGAACAGAACGCUAUACCAAUUAGUUUCAUAGCAUCAGGAAAACAAUUAGAUCAACUCGAUCCAUCUUUCAUGUAUACCCAAAUUGUCAAAGAAAUACUUUUGACGAUCAAUUUUAAAGACGAACAUAUCAAAGAAUUUAUCAAAUAUUGUCCUCAACCAUUUACUAAUAAUGCAAAAGAACUAGAUAAUAUUGAUGAAUUAGUUUGCAAAUACCGUGACAACACACCAAUCUGGUGGUAUACGAAAGAAAGUGCUUUGUAUCCGAUGCUCAAUUGUGCUUUACGUGUGAUAGAUGGAGAUGUUCUUGUACGAAUGGGCUUCUUCAUCAAUGAUCUUCAUCGCCAUAUAGACAAAUUACAUAAAGAACAGAUUGACAAUGGUUCUCUUAAUCAUAUAUUCACGGUUUAUCGUGGUCAAGGCCUAUCAAAAGUGGAUUUCGACGAAAUGAAAAAGUCAAAGGGAGGAUUGAUGUCCUUCAAUAACUUUUUAUCAACAAGUACAGAGCGUGACAUGCCUCUCAUGCGUGCCGAGAGUAAUGCAAAUAAUCCUGAGCUAGUAGGAAUUUUCUUCGUUAUAGAAGUCCGUCCCAGUUCAUCUUCAUCGCCGUUUGCAUCCAUUUGUAACGCUAGUUUUUUUGAAAAUGAACACGAAGUAUUGUUUUCGAUGCACAGUAUAUUUCGUAUUGGUGAUAUUAAACCGAUUGAAGAGAUUAACAAUGUACAAGAAGUAAAUUUAGUAAUUACAGAUGAUAGAGACAAAGAACUAAGUAAACUUUCUGAUUAUAUCAGAGAAGAAACUUUUCCAGAUUCCAGCGGAUGGUAUAGAUUAUGUUUGGUCUUGAUUAAAUUGAAUCAAAAUAGCACAGCUGAAAAGAUUUGUGAAAUACUAUUUGAAUCAGCAACUCCGGGUGACAAAGCUUCACUUUAUGAUCUUCUCGGUUAUAUCAAAGAUGCUCAAGGCAAAUAUAGUGAAGCAAAUAAAUUACAUGAAAUAUCUGUUGAAAUGGAACAAGAAUCGCUUCCACAGAACCAUUCUGACUUGGCAUUAAAUUACAACAAUAUUAGUAGUGUUUGUAAAAGUUUAGGUAACUAUCCAAAAGCGCUUUCAUAUUUAGAAAAAGCCAUAAAAAUUCAACAAGAGUCACUUCCAUCAAAUCAUCCUGAUUUGGCUUUAUCUUUCAACAACAUUGGUAUUAUUUAUCAAGGUAUGGGAGAAUAUCAAAAAGCGCUUUCGUCUUAUGAAAAAGCUCUUGCAAUGCGACAACAAUCACUUCCAUCAAAUCAUCCUUAUUUAGCCGCGUCUUACUAUAACAUCGGUGAUGUAUAUUACAGUCUGGAUAAUUAUUCACAAGCACUUUCAUCUCAUGAAAAAGCGCUUGAGAUUCGACAACAAUCACUUCCACGAAAUCAUUUUCAUUUCGCCAUGUCUUACAACAGCAUUGGUGCUAUUUAUAAAAAUAUAUGUGACUAUUCAAAAGCACUUUCAUCGUAUGAAAAAGCGCUUGAAAUUCUAAAGCAAUCCUUUUCACACGAUCAUCCUGGACUGGCGAUAUCGUACAACAACAUCGGUGAGGUGUAUUACAACAUGAAUGAUUAUUCACAAGCACUUUCAUUUCAUCAAAAAGCACUUGAAAUUCGACAAGAAAAACUUCCUGAUACUCAUCCUCAAUUGGCUUCAUCUCUCAACAAUAUUGGUAAUGUUUAUAAAAGCCUGGGUGACUAUGCGCAAGCACUUUCAUCGUAUAAAAAAGCGCUUGCAAGUCAACAACAGUCACUUCCACAAAGUCAUCCUGAUCUGGCCAUGUCUCACAACAACAUCGGUGCUGUGCAUGAGAGCAUGCGCAACUAUCGAGAAGCGCUUUUAUUCUUUGAACAAGCAUUGCAGAUUCAACAACAAUCAUUUCCACAACAUCAUCCCAGUUUAGCCAAAUUUUACCACAAUAUCGGUGCAGUGCAUGCGAACAUGGACAACUAUCGAGAAGCGCUUUCGUUUUUGGAAAAAGGGCUCGCUAUUCAGCAAGCAUCACUUCCCAACGAUCAUCCCGAUUUGUCUAUGUUUUACAAUAGCAUCGGUGGUGUGUAUAGCAGUAUUGGUGAUUAUACAACAGCACUUUCAUCAUAUGAAAAAGCACUUGCAAUUCAGCGAAAAUUGCGUCCACUCAAUCAUAUCCAUUUGGCAGGAUUGUACGACAACAUCGGUAGUGUGUAUGACAGCAUGAGUGACUAUCCAAAAGCACUUUCGUCCUAUGAAAAGGCUCUUGCACUACGACAGCAAUCAUUUCCGCACAACCAUGCUGACUUAGCUUCGUCUUAUAAAAAUAUCGGUAAUAUGUGUUGUGAAACACGCAACUAUACAAAGGCGCUUUCAUCUUAUCAAAGAGCCCUUGAGAUCCAACAACAGUUACAUCCACUCAAUCAUCCUGAUUUAGCUGCUUCCCACAAUGACAUUGGAAUUGUGUACGCGAAAAUGGGCGAAUAUUCAAAAGCAUCUUCAUUUAUUAAAAGCGCUUUACUAAUUGCAGAACAAUCAUUACCACCAAAUCAUCCCGACCUUCAGAAGUUGAGAAGCAACCUCGAACUUUUUAAAUAA